AGGGUCUGCACACUCUGCACUGAUUUGCGCUACGUGACCACGUGAUGCUGACGACGAACGACGAAGCGCAGGAGCGGUAAUUGCGGUAAAACGUUCGUGUCCGUUGCAGAAACGUGAUAACGUUUAUUAACUGAGACGCAAAUGUGGUGCCUGUUCAGAGAAAUUCAACACCUCAACCUUGGAAUCUGAAAACGUCGGUUGUAAAGCUCGACUGAUCCAAUCUCGUCGAAGAAAUUAUCUGAUCGACAUGGAAGCGGUCGAGGAGAGCGAGCCCAACGUUCUUCGCGAGAUCGCGAGUGAGGAGCUGGCGCAAAUCCCGAGAGAAUCAACGAGGAAGAUCAAUGCGCAUUUUAAUGCAAAGUUCGAGGAGUUCAUAACCGCCAAGGCGGUUUUCGAGACCAGCCGAAAAUGUUUGGAACAAAAUUUAGAGACGGCGCAGAAGGAACUUGCAGAGCAGAAGUUGGAUCUUGACGAGUGUAGAAGGAAGUUGGAGCUAACGGAAAAGAACAAUACAGAAUUAGUAUGUAGCAAUCUUGAAAAAGUGAAAAUUGAAGUGCACAGAUUACAGGAAUCUGUCAAACGGUUGGAGAAGGAAAAUUAUGAAUUACGUAGGCAGAGAGACACAGUUACGGAUGAGGCUAAUGCAUUACAACUGCAAGUUGAAAGGCGGGAUACCGGAAUUAAAAGAAUGCGUACCGAAUUCAAUUGUGUAAACAGUAUGAAACUCUCUUCGGAUGAAUCCAAGGAGCUAUCACGUUGCAGUUUAUCUGCGCUUCCUAAUGAAAUACUACUAAAAAUAUUAAAAAAUUUAGAUUUGAAGACGUUAUGCCGCAUGAGUAACGUAGAUAAACGCUUCAAAAAUUUAACACAGGACCCUGAACUCUAUACACGUUUGAACAUGCGAUAUAAAUCUAAGAAAUAUAUGUGCGAUAUAUUUUGUUAUUUUACACCUAGAUGUAAAUAUUUGCAACAAUUAGAUCUUCGAGGAAGCUACUUUGAUGUUAAUGAUUUCGUAAAUUUUCUUAAUAAUUGCGGCAGCUGUUUAACGCAUUUAAGUCUAAAUGAUUGCCGCAUAGAUUAUUUCUCAACAGUAGGACAGUUAAAUCCUGUCCAACUGUCCUUUGAAAUUUCAAAGACAUGCAAAAAUUUGAAAGAAUUGGAUCUAAGGUUUUGUUAUGGCGACGACGACGACGGAUUUUCGUAUUUCGAGAGGCUAAAUAAGUUGGAAUGCAUCCAUUUUUCUGGGCUGCCAAUAACGACAGAACAUAUUUGCAAAACACUGCAAAAUAAUCCACAAAUACGUGAAGUGGAAUUGGGAGACUCGAUGAACGAUGCAAUUCUGAUAGAGUUGGCAAAUUCGUGUCGUGACUUGGAAUUAAUACAUACACUGUACAUAAUCCCAGAUGGAGAUAUUACAUCUCAGGGUAUUAAUGCUCUCGCUAACUGUAAGAAUUUACAAAAAGUGUCCCUUGAUCUAGACGAAUGCCCAAUUACUGAUGACAGCAUAUUUAGAUUACUUUCUUCUUAUCAACACUUGCAAGAAAUUGAGUUGCACUUUCCUGUCCUCACUGAUCACCGGUUGGAAUUACUAGCGCAGUGCAAAAACUUAAAAAAGUUAUUUCUUCAGACUGCGGAACUUGAUAUACCUGAUAAAUAUUCCAUUAUUUUGAGACAAUGUCCUAAAUUGCAAAAGUUUUAUCUCACGCGGUGUAAUAUAAGUGAUCAAUUAGUUAAUGAAUGGAAGGAAAGAUAUCCGCAUGUGUCCAUCUAUACAAACAACUAA